UGGCUGGCAGUGUUCAGUCGAUAGCAAAAGAUGAAACAGAGCUCAUCGCGCAGCAUUUGGUGUCUGCUCAGUGUUGUAAUCGAUCAGCGUCUUAGAAUUGACACCUGUCGAUAUCUAAUCGAGAUUUUAUCGCGCCGCAUUACAGGCGAUUAAGAUUCGAUUUGGUGCCAUAUUCAGCCAAACUCGAACUAGUGCAAAUAUCCGUCAUUCUCCAUACAAAUCUAUAUUUGGUUAGACCUGUUCCCACAUCUAUGGAGUUUCAUCUAGACAGUGCAGAAUACUGCCAAGCACAGCACAAAUAAAAAGUUAGCACUACGCAAAAACAAAGGCCGUGAUAGCCGGAGACAACGCUGUCACCUGCCCGGAAGUCGACGGGACGCCAAAUCAGAUACGAAACGUGGACAGAGUGUGGAUUAAGAGAGAGUCUCUCGAGCUAAAGUAUACAACUUCUGGCUGAACGGAGUUCAUAUCACGAGGAGACACAUUUAAAAUUAGGUUGCCGCAACGAAAAGUUUGGAAACAACAAUAAAGUAAUUGGCGAGGAGCAGCAGCUGCACUCGAAAUAAAUAAGUUUUUGGGAUAGAUUCGCGUUAGUUGCGAUAUUAACAGGGAAUUUUUAAAAUAGCCGUCUUUUGGGUUGAGACACAGAAAAAUUGAAGAACUCCAAAAUUGUACUUAAUUAUUGAGCUAUUUAUUUAUACUUAAACAAUUCACUUGUUCUGUGUGCUUAGUGUAGUAUUUGAAAGCCUGCUAAAAUCUUAUUAUAUUUAUAUAUAUUUUUUUUACAACAAGUUUUUAAACAAGCCUAAAACAUCAUCUACAUCUAAACCACUUCGCUGAAUUUUCAACAACAAUAUUAAAUCGUGUAACUUCCCGAAAGUCAAAUCAAAAAAUUGAAACACAUAACAUAAUAAUUAUUCAUAUUGUAACAAAGUCCCAACAACAAA